AUGAUACGAAAUUUAUUACCACAAAUUAUAAAUAAACAACAAAGCAUAAUAACAUCAAUAAAUAGAAUUAAUAUUAAGCCAACAACAAUAAGAUUAUUUUGUACCAACAAUCAAAAUAAUCAAAAUAAUAAUAAUAAUAAUACAGAUAAUGAUUCAGAAAUAAAUAAAAAAAUUUUAUUAGCCAGAAAAAAAAAGAAUAAAAAUUCAAAUAUUAAAAAGUUUUUAAGUGGUGAAGAUAAGGAAUUAAAAAAUAUAAUUGACGAAAAUAGAAAUAAAAAUUUAUCAUUUACACCACAACAACAACAACAGCAACAACAACAACAACAACAACAACAACAACAACAACAACAACAACAACAACAACAACAACAACAACAAUUACAAAAUAAAAUAAAAAAUGAAACAAACACAAAACCAAAAAUGGAUAUUCAAGAUACAAAAGAUAUUUUAGGAUAUGCAGGUCAAGAAGAGAUUGCACAUGGUAUUUUCAUUAAUAGAGAUUUAAGUAAAAGUGAUAAAAGAUUAACAAUUGUUACAGCAUCAGAGAAUAAAGAAUCUGAAGCAAAAACAUUGGCAAACUUUUUAAAAUUAGAAUAUUUACCACUUCAACAAGUUUUAAAAUUACCAAAUGAAUUAUUUACAUAUCAAUCAGUUUUAUUCGUCCAACCAAAAGGUGUAACAUUACAUGAUUUUGAAGCUUGUUCACCACCAACAUCAUCAUCAUCAUCAUCAAGAGGAGUAGGUAAUCGUAAUGUUAGAAAGAUGAUGAACGAAGUACUUUUAGAUUAUACUGAAGGUUCAAUUGCACAUCGUACUGAAUUUGGAAAGAAUAAGAGAUCACCAAUAAUUAGAUCAACUAGUUUAUCAAAAAAUGUUCAUCCAAAAACUAUUUUGGAUGUAACUGGUGGCUUGGGUAAGGAUGCUUGGAUUUUGGCAUCAUUCGGUUCAAAUGUAACAAUCAUUGAAAGAAAUCCAGUAUUGGUUUAUUUAAUUGAGAGUGCAUUAUCAAAAGCAUUAUUAAAUCCUGAUACUGCACAGAUUGCAAAACGUAUAACAUUAAUUCAUAAAGAUUCAAUCGAGUAUUUAGUUGAAAGUCUUAAAAACUUGAAAGAUGAUAAUGCACCACCACCACCACAAGUAAUCUUUAUGGACCCAAUGUAUCAACCAAAGAAAAAUGAAAAAUCAUUAUCAAAAAAAGAUAUUAGAGCAAUUAGAAAAUUAGUUGGUGGUGAUAGAGAUUCAACAACAUUAUUCGCUUUAUCAAGACGUUUCGCUUCAAAUAGAGUAGUUUGGAAACGUCCAAAAGGUACUUUACCAUUUAAUCCUGACAUUGAAUAUAAAUCUUCUGAUACUUGUUUUUAUGUUUAUUUAAAAGAUAAAAUUACAAAAAAUACAUAA